AUGGAAAUCCCUGAUCCCUUCAAAACCCGAGAGGGAUACUCGUUUUCCUCCGUCGAGGCUCUAUGCAUCCUACUUUACCGGUUUCGUAUGGAUGCCGACAUCCAUGAUAUCACAUCUCGUUUUGAUCGGUCCUCUUGUGCCGUCUCGAUGGUCAUCAACGACCUCCUCCUCUUCCUUGACGAUACUUGGUCCCAUCUGCUCGGAUUCGACUCCGACCGCCUCCUCAGCCGUCAAAAGAUCCGUGCGUACGCAGCCGCCAUCCACGCCGCAGGUGCCCCCACCGAAACUGUAUGGGGUUUCAUCGAUUGUACUAUUCGCCGCAUCUGCCGACCAUCGUACCUUCAGCGUAUCGCCUAUAGCGGGUACAAGCACUUCCAUGCCAUGAAGUAUCAAGGGGUUGUGCUUCCGAAUGGGCUUUUUGCCAACCUGUUUGGGCCUUUCGAAGGACGACGAAAUGACAAUGCAGUUCUGCACGAUAGUGGGCUGAAGGAAACUUGUCGGAAGCGGGCCUAUACACGGGACUCAGAAGGCAGGGAGCAGUAUUAUCAGUUGUUCGGGGAUCCUGCGUAUGUUGGAAUCAGUAGAGAGCUUAUGAGUCCGUAUACGGGUUCCAGAUUAUCGGAGGACCAGCAGAGAUUCAACGCGAAGAUGUCCCAUUUCCGUAUCGAAGUCGAGCAUGCUUUUGCAGUUGCGCUUAACCAGUGGCCCUUCCUAGACCAUUGGAAGCGUCAUCGUGUCUACUCAUCUCCUAUCGGACGCUACUACCGCAUUGGCAUCCUACUUACAAAUUCUAUGACAUGUCUUCGAGGCCGUAACCAGAUCUCCGAUACCUUCCGAUGCCCCCCUCCUACUCUCGAAGAGUAUUUUCACCAUUGA